UAACACCAUGUCGACGAUCAACUGGCCCGACGACUCUGUCUUUGAGCCCUUUGACAUUUUCGAAGAAACUUACAAAACCGUCGAUUCUCAUGAAAUUAAAGCGGCUGUUUUGACCCCAAAGAACCUUGCAAAAGGAUUGCACCCCGUUAUAGUCAAUAUCCAUGGAGGCUUCUUCGCAACGGCGCAUUCACUUUUCGCGCCCUUUUUCCCUCCUUGGGUGCUUAAGCUGUCUCUCGAUCACGGUGCAAUUAUUGUAUCUCCUGAUUAUCGCUUGUUGCCUUCUGCCAAUGGAAUCGCCGAUCAACUAGAAGACCUGGAAGAUUUCUGGGCUUGGUCACGCGAUGCCCUUCCUUCAAUACUCCAAAAUCAUGCCACUGGUUUCGAACUCGAUUAUAGUCGGUGCCUGCUAACUGGCGGUUCCGCUGGCGGCUACUUCGCAGCGCAACUCGCAAUUUCACACCCGGACGACAUCUCAACAGUGGCUAUGACGUAUCCGGCUGUGGACUUGCUUGAUGAGAUGUGGAUCAAAGGGCCUGCGAAGGGUGCUCCAACAGUACUUCGCUUCCCGCAAGAACAGAUUGUCUCCAGGGAAAAGGCACUAGCUUGGGUCAGAGAAAAACGAAAAACAGUCGCGAGCAAAGGCGGGUUUGAGGUCACGCCCUUCGCUGUCAGCUUGACGCAACACGUUCUCUUUGCUUCUGAGAUGCUUGAAUACGAUGGUGUCAAGCUUCAGCAAGAGCACCUACCUCUUGCGAGGCUCCAAGCAGGCGGAAAAUUGCCCCCGAAUGUCUACAUUAUUCAUGGCGAUGAUGAUUCGGUAGUGUAUCUCCGACAGUCCGAAGCCUUUGUCGAACUUGUUCGUUCCAAACUCCCAGAAACCACAUUGCGGUUUGAUAUUGCGAAGGGACACGACCAUGCUUUCGACAUGGAACCAUCUUAUUGGGAGCCUUAUGCCAAGGAAGCAAUGGACUUCGUAGUGAAGGGGUGGCUGAAUUAAAUCAUAAUCGUACUUUUAGAUCGCAACAUUCUUGCGAUGUGCGUGGUCCUCAAGCACCAAUACCACUCCGAUGUAAGAGUCCUGCUGAACCUGUUCGUCCAAACUAUUUGACAUCUUCGUCAACUACGCAUCGUUUCACCGCAGUCUGAUAUAUUGGCCCAAAUUUGGUUUCAAUCUCAUUGCCAUUUGCCAAUCGCCACACCGUGGCUAUGCUCGCAUGAACGCCAAAUUCCAAAUCUUCGGACGUCUGCAAUUUUUCGAUUGGCCCAAGACUGAGCCCCGC